AAGUUGUGUUGUAUUGCCUUGUAACUUGACAACAGUCAGUGUUUCACCUGAGUGAAACAGGUGUUUCUGUUAUUAUUUUAGAACACGUAGCUAUUGAAAAACAUUGUACAACUUCGUAAUAAAACUCCAUAAAAAUUGUAUUUUUAUAGAAUUAAAUCUAUUAAGUUAUGUCAGUUUAUAAAGACAAUUCGCCAAGGUGUGAAGUGUGACAAAACUGCAAACUUUCUCAGCUUAUCAAUUUCGCGGUUCUAAACUGUAGCAAUCUGUUCAAAAUGAGUUGAACAAACUUUCGUGCGGUCGUUGUGAGGUGUUUGUGGUACCAGUGCAGUGAAAAAGUACAAAAAUGACCACGGACAGGUUUCAUAAAGCAGCCAAAGACGGCCUGCUAGAGGUGCUACGGGAGGCUACUCGCAAAGAAUGCAACAAUAAGGAUGAGUCGGGCAUGACGCCCACACUCUGGGCUGCCUUCGAGGGACACAUCGACGCUUUACGACUGCUAUGUGGCAGAGGAGGAGAACCCGACAAAGCGGAUUACUUCGGCAACACAGCGCUCCAUCUAGCGGCAGCCCGAGGCCACAAGGAAUGUGUCACUUUCCUCAUCAACUUUGGCGCCAAUGUGUUCGCGAUGGAUGUCGACGGCCACACUGCGCAAGAGUUGGCCGCCAUUAAUGGCAGGGACGAUAUUCUGCGGUAUCUCGACCAGGCUACUGCUAAACUGGAGAAUAAUGAUAAAAAAAAAGCCAAAUCCCUAAAAGAAAAAGCGAAGAAGGACUACGAGAAAUCCCACAAGCAAUACCAGAAACGGCAGAGUAAGGCUGACCUGAUAGCCGAGAAGGAAAUGAAGAAGUUAGCCAAGGAGUGGGAUCAGGGUUAUGUGGAAGAAGUUCACACCAUGCCGCAUCGGCCUAGCAAUGUGCUGUGGGCUCUUAAGCAGAAGAUGACUAGGUCUACUAGCCAUGGUAAUCUUCUAGCCGACGAACAGCCUCGGCCUACAUACAGUGCACUGGUAGGCACCGUGAACUCCGGCGCCCGAGGCCGCGGCGCCGUCUACAAGAAGGCGCUCGCCAGCAAGCUGAGGAACAACACUGUGGGACGCAGCGGAGCUAAUGUGCCCACUGAUGACUUCAAGGUUGGAGAAAUAGAGACGACUGGUCGUCGAUCCGUCACGUCCCUGAGCGGGGUGCGGCGUGACUCGGAGGUCAUGUAUGUGGGCACCUUCGGAGCUGGUCCUCAGGCGAGGGGCAACGUAUCCGACGUGUUUGCGGAACAGCAUCCUGAGCCGGUGCAGAAGAAACCACUUACCAGGUCUGCAAGCCAGCCAGACUUUGCGGCAGUGAACGAAGACAGUGGUAUCGGACAAGAAGUGAUGUUGCAGGAGCCUGCUAGCAUAUUCGAACGACCCGGCUUCGGUAGCGUCGCCUUCAGACGUUCAAUAACAGCCACUCUAAGUGCUCUGGGCGGCGGCGCGGCGCCGGGCGAGGACCUCUCCAUCGGCUCAGCCGGCUCCCUUGCAGCCAGGCAUGCCUACCAGCCGGCCGAGUGGACCUCUGCGCAGUCGGAGAGCUCAACAAUAACAUCAGACGAGGAAGCAGAGGCCGAGGAAUCAGGGUACGCAUCCCUCGAACGUUUUCUCACAGCCUGGGGUCUCUCCCAAUACGUACAGAAGUUCAAGGACGAACAAAUUGACCUCGACGCUCUCAUGCUGCUCACUGAAAGUGACAUGAAGACCUUAGGACUCCCUCUAGGACCUUACAGGAAACUGGUCACAGCUGUUCAGGAGAGAAAACAGGCUUUAUCGCACCCGGGACCUAUGAUAGAUACAGCUAUAUGAUUGGUAGGCAGGUGAAAAAAAUGUGUGCUUAAUUUUUUUUAUGAAAUGGUAGAAUUUUUGGAAUUUGUUGUGGUUACAAAUGUGUCUAUGAUAUAGUAAAGACGAUAUUUUUUGGUAUGAGCAACAUAAUCAGAUAUUUAAAUUCAGUAUUUAAAUGUUUGGUUAAGCUGUAGAUCUUAUGCAUUCGACUAACUUCAAACUCGCAAAGUUACAGUUCUCGUCAAAUUAAUUCGGGCCUUCCGAAGCCCACAAUCGACUAUUGCCCAUGCAUGAUGUUUGAAAUAGCUGAUACAUCGGCCGUGGUACUUUAGCUUUCCUGUAGCUAAGUAUUUAUAAAGUUCACAAUUCUUAUUUCUGCCCAUUUUUGCACAUUAUUUAUAUGAGUAUUAUGAUCAUUUCUUACGUUUUGAGUGCUAUUAGGUAUUAUGUAUCUUAUCCAAAAAAUACUGAUGCUACAAAUGCCUAAAACAAGUUGGUAUUUCGUUCAUAGAACGUUAGGAAUAAGUUGAAAGUGUGGUUAAAAUAAAAAAAUAUAAAAUUGUUUGCAUUACAAACAAAAUAUUACCUGUGUACUUCAUACCAACAUAUUUUUUAAUCAUAGCCUUUUAUAUAUAUUUCAUAAUAUUUUCUUGAAUUAUAAUUUUUCUUAUUAAAAUGAAAUAAUGUUUAUUAUUCCUCAUGAAAUGUGAUAGUAAAUGUUCGAUAUCAUUCCAUCCAGUGUUACGUCCAAUCGCCAUAUUAAAUAUUUUUGUACAGUUUUUGAAUAUACAUUUUUAUGAAAUA